UCAUAAUUUCUGAUUUUUUGUUUUAAUAGAAACCAUAAGUCUUGACAAAAAAUUGGGUUGUGAUCAUGAUUACCCAUGUGAAUAGGCUCUGCUUGAUACAAGCAUAAUCUCUAAUAAAGUUGAGUGCAUCAUCAGUUAAAUCCGGCUAUAUUUAACAGUAAUUCUUAAUAGUGAUGCUACAUUAAUAUUGAAAAAGAAAUCCAUUAUCAUGCAUAACCUAAAGUUGAAAAGCAUUGAAGCUCGGCAGCAUCCAAUACAGUUGAACUCUGCAAUUUGCUACAACUCAUUAGCAGAGGAGUUCUUUAUUGCUGAUGUACAUGGACUUUCCACUUUGUGUCGUGAUGAGAGUAUGAAAGAUACAACAGUAUUACUGGUGACUUGGAAGGAUUUUGAUAUCUCUACUGCCUGCAUUAUCUCAUGUGACUUCAUCAAUGCAAGUGUAUGCAUCACAACUCAAGAGGGAGAUGUUCUUGUUUAUUCUCGAGAUACCCGAGAGAUUGAGGUGGCCGGCAGCGUGGGUGAUGGCAUCCGAGCAUGUUGCUGGAGCCCCGACGAGGAACUUCUUGUGAUAGUUACUGGCUCGAAAACUGUUACAAUUCUUAACUCAGAAUUUCUUCCUGUAGGAGAGUUUACUCUCGACCAAGAAAGCUUCGGCAAAGAAGCUUUGGUUAAUGUUGGCUGGGGCAAAAAGGAGACCCAGUUCCAUGGAACAGCUGGCAAAGAAGCAGCCAAAGUUGCUGUAAACACUAGCGUCAGUCGCGGUCUUGCUGUAUACGAUGACGGGAGACCACGCGUAAGCUGGAGAGGUGAUGGUAAAAUGUUUGUUAUUAGCUACGUUGACGAAAGGAUAAACUCCAGACGACUCCGUAUUGCCGACAGGGGUGGAGAAUUGCUUAGCACCAGCGAGGACACACCUGUUCUUGAAGCUUCUCUCGACUGGAAGCCAAAUGGCAGCCUCAUCACCUCGUCGCAGCGGCUGGCCAACAAGUAUAACGUGAUAUUUUUCGAAAAGAAUGGACUGCGACAUGGAGAAUUUUCUUUGUUGGAGCGCGACGGUUACUACGUACGAGAGGUGUCUUGGAACAGUGACUCCUCAGUCUUGAUGGUAUGGCUGUCCCAGACCGCUUCCACUUGUGAUCUAAAUUCGUCCUGUAGUACAAAUGACUACAUCCAGCUAUGGACUGUCAACAAUUAUUGUUGGUACUUGAAAGAUGAAAUAAAACUUGAAGGAAUUCUUAAUGUUUUUUGGCAUUGUGAAGAUUCUUUGAAGCUUGCUAUUGUUAGGCAGUCCGGGCUGCUUCUCUUUCAAUAUUCACUUGCAGUUGAUCGUUCAACUUCAGAGAGCGCCGCCAAUGAAGCUGUGGUGUCAGUUGUCAGCGGCAGCAGGCUUUUGAUGACUCAUUUCAAACAGUCGAAAAUCCCGCCCCCCUCGUGUGCUUAUGAAGUACAGUUCCAGGACCAAGUUGAAGCAAUUGCAUUCGCUCCCAAACUACGGUCAACACAUGAUGAAAAAACUGCUGAGGCAUUCGUGUGUGUUUUGCACGGUAAAAAGUUGUCAUUCCUUGCAUCCACCGAAGCGACUGAAAAUUUAGAUUCUUUCAACACUAAAGUCGACUUCAGGCUUGGUCGAUCACCUCUUUUCAAAGUUAAAUUUCCUCUGUCUAAAGUGAUAUAUGAAGCAAAUCUCCAAUCAGAAUUGAAAGAUUCCAGAAUUUACAAUGUUCUAUGGACAUCAAACAACAGGAUUGUUGGAGUUAAGUACAAUUUUAAGACUGAUAUACAAUCCAUACUUUCUGUAAACUUUGUUGGAAAUCAAGCAGAAAUAAAGGAGGAGCCUUGCCCAUUUGGACAAGUGGUUGCGUUGACAAGUUUAGGAGAUGAGACCUUCUUCUUGAGCUCAAGCGGAGUCGUCUAUAAGUUCGACUUCGAGGGGUGUGGUUGUCGAGAAGUUCAAACACAUGAUGGGACCAAUAUUGUUUUCCCAUCUCGGUGCCUUCAGUUGACAGCAUGCAUUGUCGACGACAAAAUUAUCUUUCUCGGCUGGAAUGAGAGGGGUCGUCUUUUUCUAAAUAAUCAACAACUUUACGGCAAUUGUUCAUCAUUUCUUGUGCACGACGAUCAUCUUUUACUCACCACUCUUAAUCAUAAACUCCUCAUGCUGCCUUUGAAGAUGGAGGUUUUCAAUGCUGUUUUAAAUAGUUGUGAACAAAGCACUGCGAUUGCAGGCGAGCGAAAUGUUGAGCGUGGAUCUAAGUUGAUCACCGCUGUCCCAGGAGACUGCGAAGUUGUGUUACAAAUGCCGCGUGGUAACAUCGAGAUCAUUUAUCCACGACCUCUGCUUGUUCACCUAUUAAGACGGCUUCUGGAUGACCGCGAGUACCAUCGUUGUGUCGAAAUCAUGCGUAAACAUAGGAUCGAUAUGAAUCUCAUCUACGACCACGAUCCUUGUGCCUUUCUCGCCAACUGUAACGAAUUUGUUGAGUCAGUUGAUAACGCUGGAUGGAUUGAUCUAUUCCUCGCCGGACUCAAGAACACUGACUCCACUCGAUCUCUAUACGCCUUCAAUUACAAGGAUGCUGCGCCUAAGCUUACUCCCACAGAUCCUAAUGCUUCUGAUUCCAAAGUUGACACAAUUUGCAAGGCAGUACGAGAAGCUAUGAUCGCGGUCAAUGAGAACAAAUUUCUACUCCCAAUACUGACGUCAUACGUGAAGAUGGAUGCAGGUCAGAUGGAUGAAGCUCUGCGAAGGCUGCAACGAAUGCGCCUCGAAAAAAGCGGCGACAUUUCGUGCGAGGAAGGAUUACGUCAUCUCCUGUACAUAGCUGACGCCGAUGCGCUUUGUGACGUCGCUCUUGGUACGUACGAUUUUGAUCUUGUCAUGAUGGUGUUUGAAAAGUCUCAGAAGGACCCUAAGGAGUUCCUGCCUUUUCUUAAUAAUUUAAAGAAGAUGGAAACGAACUACAUGAAGUACAGCAUUAACGUGUACUUGAAGCGAUACAAAGAAGCCUUCCGGAGCUUACGCGAGACGGGAUCCUUGCAUCUUGAAGAAUGCCUUGCUCUUGUGAAAAGAGAGAAAUUAUUCAGUGAAGGCCUGGAGUGUUUGAAGGGCAAUGAUGUCUUGUACGGUGCCGUUACUGAAGCCUAUGCUAACUACAAUGUAGGUCGGGGUCAGUAUCAAGAGGCAGCGCUGCUCUAUGAAAGAUCUCAGGCGUUUGGUGAGGCUCUUGAAGCUUACCUACAGAUUUGCAACUGGCGUAAAGUAUUCAUGAUGGCCAUGAAACUGAAAUAUCAGAAGGAACAAAUGCUCGAACUGUAUUACACUGUAAUUGAAAAAUUAAAGGAACGAAAAAUGUUUCGCGACGCAUCUAUUGUUUAUUUGGAUUAUUUGCAAAACGAAGAGGAUGCCAUUGCUUGCUUAGCGUUAGCAUCACAAUGGGAUGAAGCCGUAGCGUUGUCGCUUAAGUACAACAGAUCUGACCUCGUCGAAACUGUCGUCGUUCCUGAACUCAUGAAGCAAACCAAAAGCAUUGCAGGUGACAUCAGUGCUUUAUCUGUAUCUUUUUCUGAAUCCUGCUCCCGAUUGUCUGUUGUUCGUGAACUGAAAGAAAAGGAGUAUUUGGACUCCUUAGAACAUCAUGACGACACACAAUUAGACGGCGACGUCUAUUGUGACUCCAGUACAGUCACUGGGCAUUCCACCCGCUCUGCUUCUUCUGGGGCCUCUGGCAGAACUUACAGAUCCGCUAAAAACCGCAGGAAACUCGAGAGAAAGAAAUUCAGCACCAAAGAAGGAAGCGCAUAUGAAGACUUGGGUUUGAUUUCCGAAUUGCAUGGGAUGAUCACUCGAGCCGAUGAGCUUGCGGUGCUCGUUAGCAAUACACUGGCUACCCUCUUCAGCUUCGGUGAAGACGAGGAAGCCAUGCAGCUCCAAGAAUCCCUACACAAUUUGUAUCGUUUGAUGGAGAUGAAACAAAGCUCUAUAUGGCCAAGCGAAAUUAUGGAUACCGACGAAGCGAUAUCUGGUCCUCAUUUAACAACAGCUGAGCUUAUGAAGUCGCGCAUGCUGAAUUCUGGGCAUGAUGCAUGCGCUUCUAACGAACGCGUUGUGCGUAGGAUGCGAGAGCUCGAGCCGCACUUGAGGUAUCCUCCUAUCCUCAAGCGGCCUCCCAACUGGGCCUUGGGAUUCCUUCAGAGGAACAAACAACUGGGCAGCAAAGCUACUUUGUGAAGAGAAUAUUCCUGAUCGCGAGCUGUAUCCGACUGUUGACAAAUGGUCACUAAAAAAUUUGAAUAUUGUCACUCAAAAAUUUGUAUUAUAUUUAUUAUAUUUUUAAUUUGGUUUUAUGGUAAGAAAAUACAGCGAAUUUUCUACAAAUUCAGUUCAUUUCUCAUUGGAUGUGUUUUUUUUUUAACCGACAGGAAAUGAUAGUAUGUUGCUAGCCAAGCAUAUAUUGAGGGAAUUUACCACUCUGAAAUAAAUAAAUGUACGUGUUAAUCUAGAUUCUACAAUCAUGUGUGAUUUGAAAGAUAAAAUGCGACACAAUAA